GUGUCGUACUUGCUCAUGGAAUUGAAUUUCCUGCGUGACUCGUUGUUUGCCGCAUGCAGGCACAGCAUUGGGUGGUUAACCAUCAACUGGGCGGGCUUAAAGUAGUGAAUACUUCUCUACAAUUGGCCAUUUUUUGCGCUCCUCUCGGUGAUAUUUGCGAUUCACACAACAAGGUUGGUUACACUUCAAAAGCUGUCAACGGAGAAGGAAGCAGUCAAACGUCAACAAAACGGUUUAUCUGAAUCAAACCCAAUGAAGAAUGGCUUAUCAUCAGGAGGUCAUAUCUGGACUUACCCACUCAUAGGCAAUCCGCACAAGAGGCUGAUCUGAGAAUGACCACUCCGCGUCCCCCUGUCACCAUCACAGGCUCCGUACCCUAAUCAGACCAACCCCCUCAUCCCCCACCCCAGCCUGCCGUCCCUCUUCUCUUCUCAGGUCUGACCACCGGAUACCCCCUGUGAGUCAUUGCAGCGUGCCUCUGCCCCCUGGCACGGCGCCUCUCGCUGGGUGAGUGGCGGGCGUGCGUGCGUGCGUGCGUGCGGUGAGCGGCGUGCGAUGGCGCGGCGGUACGCUGAGGCUUGUAGCCGCCGCCGUCGUGGACUGUGAUGUCAGAGGCGGGCAGCCAGGGUGCGAGCCAGCGCGGCGCUCCCAGAUUCUUUGUGGGCGAGGAGGACGACGAUGAGCACGAGGGAACGGACCACGGCUGCAGCAUGAGGACCGACGUGGAGCUGUACGAGGACGACGAGGAGGCCGACUCGCCUCCAGAGAGGCAGAUCGUGAUGGGGAUCUGCUGCAUGAUGAAGAAGUCCAAGUCCAAACCCAUGACUCAGAUCCUGGAGAGACUGUGCCGCUUCGAGUACAUCACCGUGGUGAUCUUCCCCGAGGACGUCAUUCUCAACGAGCCCGUGGAGAAGUGGCCACUCUGUGACUGCCUCAUCUCCUUCCACUCCAAAGGCUUUCCACUGGAUAAAGCAGUAAGCUACGCCAAACUCAGAAACCCACUUCUGAUCAAUGACCUGAAUAUGCAGUACUACAUACAAGACAGGAGAGAGGUGUACCGUAUCCUGCAGGAGGAGGGCAUUGACUUGCCGCGCUACGCCGUGCUCAACCGGGACCCAGACAAACCACAAGAGUGUAAUCUGGUGGAGGGGGAGGACCAUGUGGAGGUGAAUGGAGAGGUGUUCCCCAAACCGUUUGUGGAGAAGCCGGUGUCUGCCGAGGACCACAACGUCUACAUCUACUACCCCACCUCAGCCGGCGGAGGCAGCCAGAGACUCUUCCGGAAGAUCGGCAGCAGGAGCAGUGUGUACUCUCCCGAGAGCAACGUGAGGAAAACUGGCUCCUACAUCUAUGAGGAAUUCAUGCCCACAGAUGGCACAGAUGUUAAGGUGUAUACUGUGGGUCCUGACUAUGCGCACGCCGAGGCGCGCAAGUCCCCUGCACUGGACGGGAAGGUGGAGCGGGACAGCGAGGGGAAGGAGAUCAGAUACCCCGUCAUGCUGACCGCCAUGGAGAAACUGGUCGCUCGCAAAGUCUGCCUGGCCUUCAAGCAAACCGUGUGCGGCUUUGACCUGCUCCGAGCCAACGGCCACUCUUAUGUGUGUGACGUCAACGGAUUCAGUUUUGUCAAGAACUCUAUGAAGUACUACGAUGACUGUGCCAAAAUCCUGGGGAACAUUGUGAUGCGGGAACUGGCCCCACAGUUUCAGAUUCCCUGGUCCAUCCCCACUGAGGCUGAAGAUAUCCCCAUCGUCCCCACCACCUCAGGCACCAUGAUGGAGCUACGAUGUGUCAUUGCUGUGAUCCGACAUGGCGAUCGGACCCCUAAACAAAAAAUGAAGAUGGAAGUCCGCAACCCCAUGUUCUUUGAGUUGUUUGAGAAGUAUGGAGGCUAUAAGACAGGCAAACUGAAACUGAAGAAGCCUAAACAACUCCAGGAAGUGCUGGACAUUGCUCGGUUGCUGCUAAUGGAUCUGGUGCAGCACACAGAGGUGGAGGUGGAGGAGAAGAAGUCUAAACUGGAGCAGCUCAAGACCGUGCUAGAGAUGUAUGGCCAUUUCUCUGGGAUAAAUAGGAAAGUUCAGCUGACCUACCUGCCACAUGGACAACCCAAGACCUCCAGUGAGGAAGAGGAUGCCCGUAAGGAGGAGCCAUCCCUGCUGCUGGUGCUAAAGUGGGGUGGGGAGCUGACCCCAGCUGGCCGGGUUCAGGCUGAGGAGCUGGGCCGAGCCUUCCGGUGCAUGUACCCUGGAGGACAGGGUGACUAUGCUGGGUUUCCUGGUUGCGGUCUUCUUAGACUUCACAGCACCUACCGCCACGACCUCAAAAUCUACGCUUCUGACGAGGGCCGUGUGCAGAUGACCGCUGCGGCCUUUGCCAAGGGUCUGCUGGCUCUGGAGGGUGAGCUGACGCCCAUCCUGGUCCAGAUGGUGAAGAGCGCCAACAUGAACGGCCUGCUGGACAACGACAUCGACCCGCUCAGCAGCUGCCAGCACCGCGUCAAGGGCCGCCUCCACGAGAUCAUGCAGAAGGACCAGGACUUCACCGACGAGGAGUAUGACAAGUUGGCCCCCACUGGUAGCUGCUCCCUUGUCAACUCCAUGAAGGCGAUAGGAAACCCUAUGCUUAUGUGUGACAGUGUCUACGCCCUCAUCCAGAGCCUCACCUCACAAAUCCGCAAGAAGAUGGAGGAUCCCAAGUCCGCAGACCUGCAACUGUACCACAGCGAGACCCUGGAGCUGAUGCUGCAGCGCUGGACCAAGUUGGAACGAGACUUCCGCAUGAAGAGCGGCCGCUACGACAUCAGCAAGAUUCCUGACAUCUACGACUGCAUCAAGUACGAUGUGCAGCACAACGCCUCCCUGGGCCUGGAGAACACAGUGGAGCUGUUCACCAUGUCACGCGCGCUGGCUGACAUUGUCAUACCGCAGGAGUAUGGCAUUAAUAAAGUGGAGAAGCUGGACAUCGCCUAUGCUUACUGCCUCCCUCUGGUCAAGAAGAUCCAGCUGGACCUGCAGAGGACUCAUGAGGACGAGUCUGUGAACAAGCUGCACCCUCUGUACUCCAGGGGAGUUCUGUCUCCAGGACGACAUGUGCGCACACGUCUCUACUUUACCAGCGAGAGCCACGUGCACUCGCUCCUUAGUAUCUUUCGCUAUGGAGGCCUUCUCGAUGAGGAGAAUGACCAGCAGUGGAAGAGGGCGAUGGACUACCUGAGUGCUGUUUCUGAGCUCAACUACAUGACUCAGAUAGUCAUCAUGCUCUAUGAGGACAACAACAAGGACCCUUCGUCAGAGGAGCGCUUCCACGUGGAGCUACACUUCAGCCCGGGGGUGAAGGUGAGCGAGGAGGAGAACGCUCCCUUGGGCUUCGGCUUCAGGCCAGCGUCCAGCGAGGUACACACAUGCACACACACACACACACACACACACACACACACACACACACACACACUGUCUCUCUUUCUAGGACACAUAGUCUACAACAGCUGCAUGCAUGAACAACACACUCUCAUAACUGAUGCUAGAUCAGAUCACGCUGAUGUCCUGUCUGAAACGUCCUCGUCUAAAGGGGGAAGCUACCGCCUCUUCUCCUCUUGCUCACGCCAGUCCCCUGAGAUGAAACAAAGUGGCCUAGGCUCCCAGUGUGCAGGCCUGUUCAGCACCACCGUGCUGGGGGGCUCCUCUAGCGCCCCCAACCUGCAGGACUACGCACGCACCCACCGCAAAAAAUUCUCCUCCGGAAGCUUGUCAUAUAAAGACGGAACACAGGAUGACUCCUAUACCCCGGAUAGGCCUAAUCUGAUGUGGUCGGCUUCAGAGCCUUUGGAGGAGCACCACGUGGCCCAGCUGCUGCGGCGUUUCUCCACCGAGCCGUGUGUGGGCCUCCCCCUGUGCCUGGACGCAGGGCUGGCCCACCACCUCCAACAGUGCUCCUACCACCUGCGCCUCUUCCGCAACUGGCUCAUCUCUGGCCAGCACCCGCUAGAGUACCUCUACGGUUUUGAAGGCUGCUCGAUGGUGCCCUCCAUCUUCCCAUUGGAGACCCUGCACAACUCGCUUUCUCUCAAACAGGUGGACGAGUUUCUCACCGCAGUGUGUGAGAGUGCCGGAGACUCGCAUGCCCGAUCCACCAGAGCCUUGUCAGCCAUGUUUGAUGCCCAAAACCAGCCCUGUGUGGACUCCUACAUCCCUCAGCGUGUGCUGUCAUCGUCCGUGUCACUACGGCAACGCUCCGACAGGCCCCCCUGGUACAGCAGCGGUCCCUCCAGCACAGUGUCCAGCGCCGGCCCGUCUUCGCCCACCACAGCCGACACGUCGCCCCGGUUCAGCUUCAGCGAGAAGAUGCCGCUGACCCCCCAGAGCAGCGAGGAGGCCCACUCCGCCCAGCACAGCCUCCGCAACACCCCCACCAGCCCCCCCGCACUGCCCACACACACCCACACCGUCCACCAGACCAGCCCUGGACAGGGCACCGAGGACCGGCCCGACGUGGAUGACGCUGAGCAGAACGUGGAGCUGGCGAAGGAGGAAGUGGACAGGGCAGAGGAAGAGGAAGAGGAGGAGGGGGAGAGCAUGCCCGAGCUGGAGUGCCCGGCGCUGUCGGGGCUGGUGCGUGGGGAGCCGCUGUGCUCGGUGCCCGGCUCGCUGCCCGUUCUGCUGGAGCUGCGGGAGAGUAGCUCAGAGGCCGGGUCCAGCACGCAGACGCCGCUCUCGCCCGAGCAGCCCGAGCACUACUUCGACACGCAGGAGUCGCUGGACCCCUGGACGCCCGUCGCCCUGCCCCACCCCGGCACCCCGCUGGAGGUGGGGGGGCCGCCCCACGUGCCUGAACCCUGACCUCUGACCCCGGGAGGGGGAACGAGACGAGACGAGGCAGACGGACAGGUCAGGAGGAGGAAGAGAGGGAACUCUCACAGGGCAGGAGAAGAGUGGCGUGAGAAGGAACGAUCGCUCGAUGGCAAAAAAAAAAAAAAAGGUUAUUGAGAAGAGUUAGCGAAAAAGAAACGGAAGAACAGGGAAGGAGAGGAGAAGAUGGCAGAAGGGCAGACCAGACUGCUUCAGGACCAUCCUUCCUCUCCCCGUUGUGUACUCUGUAGUGCUGUUGUGUCCAGUGGCAGUAGUGUUGUGUCUCAUUGUCCAGCCUCUCUGCCGCUUCCCAGUGAAGUCCUGUGCCCUUUGUGACAUCACACCUGUCUCUAUAGCAACAGCACCAUGGAAUGUCAUGAAAAGUGUUGAUGUGCCGCUUCCUGUGUUGUGACCUUAUAAGGAAGACUGGCUGUGUGGAGCCAAUGUUAGGAGGAUCCUACAAGUGAAAAACUUGCUGAUUCCCUUUCAGUGGGAAUCCAAGUUGACUGCUACCGUUGUUUUUGUUUUAAGCGUAUGACUGACACUGACUGAUGCAGAUCCACUUGAUUAGAUCAGCUCCUGGGUGCAUGAAGAAAGCAUUUCUCUCUCCUCCAUGGAGGUGUUUGCCCAUUGUUUCAUUUGCACGUCGCUCGUCUAAGAAGAAGGUCUGGACGCUUGGUUGACCCAACCUAAACAAAGUGACAUGCACCUGUUGUGAUGGCCCUGCCUUUGAUAAAGUGUUCUCUCAUCCCAAGACACUGAUGCAACUUUGAUCAGGAGAGAGAGCGUAGUCCUGCCUCUCUUGCCCUCUGACUGAUUGUGGUCAGUGCGCAGUGGUCCUCCCCUGAGCUCGCCUCUGGAUCGGCAUGAAACUGACAUUUUGCCUUUUUUUUUCUGUGUGUGUGUGUGUGUGUGUGUGUGUGUGUGUGUGUGUGUGUGUGUGUGUGUGUGUGUGUUCCUGUCUGUUGGGUUUGUUUUAUGUGUUUAGCUGUGCUUCAGUAGCUUCACAGGGCGCUGAGGAUACCCCCCUACCCAACACUUUACUCGCCCCCAGGCAUGGCACCAGUGGGGCAGAGAAACUCACUCUAGCCAUGUGCCCUCUUUCUCUCUCUCUCUCUCUCCCCUCUCUCUCUCUCUCUCUCUCUCUCUCUCUCUCCCUCUCUCUCUCUCUCUCUUUGUCUCUGCCUUCUUCUCCCUCUCCCUCUCCCUCUCUCUCUCCUCUCUCUCUCUCUCUCUCUCUCUCUCUCUCUCUCUCUCUCUCUCUCUCUCUCUCUCACACACAGCUGGCCUCACCCUACACUAGAGGUGCAUACUUCACUUGCUCAGUCACUGCCAGUCUCUGCCAGGCACACAUUUGGAACUUUAACACACACAUACACACAAACACACACACACUUGCAUAUUCUUUCUUUCUCUCUCUUUCGCUGUCUCUCUCUCUCUGUCUCUCACACACACACACACACACACACACACACACACACACACACACACACACUUUGUACUUCUGCUUCUGCUUCUGCCAAAGUCUCUUCUGCCUUGCCCACCAUCAAAGCUUAUAACAAUCACUUUUGCAAAAGAUAUAUUAAAAUGAUGCACACGUAAAGAUAUAUAUAUAUAUAGAGAGAAAGAUGAAUUUAUCAGCAGUUGCAAUGUGUAGAUACACAGUAUUUAUCUGCAAAUGUAAAUUGAUAUUUUUAAUGUUGAGAGACAACAUUGACAAGAGUUGCAGUUCUAUCCCAUGCUGUAUCUUGUUUCUAUUUUUGUAAAUGAACAACCACACUUUUGAAGGGGGAAUGUGCUCAUGAUUCAUUUUUCUCUUUCCCCCACCGGUCCCCACAUCCAGGCCGGCCUUCAGAGGUGCUCAUUUGCGAUCGUUGCUCCAUGAGAUUACCGUUCUAAUGAGAUUUAGUGUGUGUUAUUGGCAAGCGUUGUGUUUACUUGUGUUUAGGUUGUCUUUUUUAGCUCUUAUGUAAAGUGUAUACGUUGAACAUCAAAGUUGUUACUCCAAAUACAGGAAAGAGAUGCUGCUGCUAAACAGCUAACACUGUAAAUCUAGCAAAAAGUGAGAAAUACAACAGAUAAAAAGCUAUUUGAGAGAUAUGAGAUCAUUUUAGUACAAUAUGUUACCAUUGGACGGUUACGAUUGAACAGGUUUAAAGUCAGACUCUCCUAUAUGGGAAAAAAAUACAGUCAUUCAGUCUCUUUGCACAAAUAGAUCUUCCCUUUAUUUUCUGUGGCCCAAGUGAAUCAUAAUAAGCACUAUGAAUAAAAAAGGCACAUUUCAUUUUUUAUCUCUGAGAGAUCCUCUGCUCAAAGGUGCUACAGUAGCUGCUGUCUGUAGGCUGGUAGUUUUAAUUGGUGCAAUGGUUGAUUUGGACAUUUCAAUAAAAUGCUUUAUCUAUA